AGCAAUUCUCAGAGGUCAGGGGUGGUCAGUGUAUAAAGAACCGUGUCACGCAAGCCAGGGCACCCAGGUUCAUGCCAAGCAAAGUGGGGACGAAGCUGGCUGCAGCUCUGGGGCUGGUGGGGCUGUGCUGGGGGAGCCACUGUGUGGGCAGCUGGGCACCGUGUCCUUCUGCACAUGGAACACCUCACCCUGGGCUGGGUGCUGCUGCUCGGCACCUGGACUGGAGCAUCGGCUGCCAGCAUUAAGAACAGCCAGGUCAAGGAGGUGGUGAUGGACAUGGCCCCCAACUCCUUUGAUGACCAGUACCAUGGCUGCGUCGACUUGAUGGAGGCUGAACUGCUGGAGCUGAACCGCACCGAGUUCAACAACUACACCCCUGACUGGAGAAGGGCAGCUGCGGAAUGGCAGAGCCGAUGGGGCCAUGCUGCCCACCCACCAGCACUGCCAUGGGAUCAGGCCACAGCCGUGCUGGCGUACAUGAUGCAGGGGAACCUGUACCACCAGUUCAACAGUGCCACGCUCACGGCUGGGCGCUCCCGGCAGCACUACCUGAGCUCCUACCACUACAAGACGCUGCAUUUCCUCCUGAUCAGAGCCCUGCAGACCCUGAGGAGAUCUCAGCUCCAGCGAUGCUUCCAGGUGUACCGCGGUGUCAGGGGCACCCGCUACACAGCACAGCAAGGCCAGUUGGUCCGCUUCGGCCACUUCACCUCCUCCUCCCUCCAGAAGAACCUCCCCAGUGUGUACGGUCCAGACACAUUCUUCUCCGUGGAGACCUGCUAUGGUGCACCCGUCCUGCACUUCACCACCUUUCCUGCUGAGAACAAAGUCCUCAUCCCACCCUUUGAGCACUUCAGGGUCACCAACAUCACCCGUAACAAAGGCAUCACCUACAUCCAGCUCCGUUCCCAGGGGAACAGCAGCACCUACAACUGCGAGUUCGUGAAGGAGAAAAGGUGCAAGGAGCCGCCGUGUGCGGCUUCAGCACAGGUAAGCACACAGCACACAGUAAGCACAGGCAGGAGCAGCCCCACGGAACCCCCACACCUCUGGGUGCUCCUCCUGGCAGCCGCAGCCCUGGCAGCCGUGGCAGAGCACUGACCUCCACACCAUCCCACUGCUCCCCUCCAUACGCACAGGAGGGCAGCAAUAUGCCAACGCAUCUCAUGGAAACGGCAGACUCUGCUUUCCCACUGCUGACGCUUUCGGUGUUGAUGUCCGACGUGGGACAACAGCAGAGAAUGUUCCAAGGCUCUUCCAGAAAAAUAAAAGCGUUGCUUUUAUUGCUUUUAUUUACUGCA